AUGUUUACAACGAGUAUGGAAACAAUGAAGAAAGAUCCUGGGUCAAUGCUACAUGCGAUGUUUUCCGGUAGAUUUGAUUCAAAGCCCGCUGAAGACGGUUCCUACUUCAUUGACCGUGAUGGAACUCACUUCCGGUAUAUCCCGAAUUACCUUCGAACAGGGCAGCUUGUUGUUCCGGAAGACAAGAUCGUUCGUAAAGAGUUGUUAACUGAAGCUGAGUUUUACCAAGUGCAAGGAAUCAUUGAUGAGCUCAAAGCCAGCCCCUUUGAAGAUUCCAUUAUUUUGUCCACAGAGCACUGCCAAACCUUGACCAGUUGGUUGAAACACACGCUGACAAGUGCUGGCCACACCUACUCCCUGAUAUAUCGCGCCUCUCUUAAUGGCUGGGCAGCAUAG